AUGGCGAAAGUACGAGAGUACUACUGGGUGCCACGCCUGAGAAGAUUGACUAAAAGGAUUGUGAAGGCUUGUCAUGGAUGUAGGCGGUUCAGGGCGCAGGCCUACACCUCUCCUCCACCAGGGAACCUUCCAAGGGAUCGCACAGUGGGUCAAACGCCCUUCCAAGUCAUUGGAGUGGACUUUGCGGGACCGUUGCGGUACCGGAAGAAGGCUAAAACGGAAGGAAAGGCGUACAUCCUAUUGUAUGCUUGCAGCCUUACACGUGCCGUGUAUGUAGACCUUGUGCCAAACCUUGAGACCGCUGAGUUCAUCAAAAGCUUAAAGUGCUUUAUCGCCCGACGUGGAAGGCCACAGCGAAUCUACUCUGACAAUGGCAAAACAUUCGUCAGUGCAUCCAAAUGGGUUAAGCAAGUAAUGAAAGAUGAGAGGAUCUAUGGGUUCCUAGCCCAGCAAGGGAUCGAGUGGAAAUUCAAUCUCAGUCGUGCGCCCUGGUGGGGCGGCCAGUUUGAAAGAUUGAUCGGGUUGGUCAAAGGGUCCCUGUACAAGUCUAUCGGAAACGGAUUGCUGUCGUGGAACGAACUCAAAGAAGUGCUGCUGGAUGUGGAAGUUGCCCUUAAUAACAGGCCACUAAAUUACGUAGAAGAUGACACUGAACUGCCCAUCCUUACCCCGAGUUCCUUAUUGCACAUGCAACCGAACGCACUGCCAGAGUUGGAGCCAAACCACAUCCAAGACUAUGACCUCCGAAAGCGUGCAAAGUACUUGGGCAAGUGCAAAGAUGUAGUGUGGUCCCGCUGGACCAAAGAAUACCUGAGGGGGCUCCGGGAGAGACACCGCUUAAAGCACAAGGGUGACAGUGCCCAUCCAGUGGAAGGAGAUGUGGUUAUCAUCAAGUCCGAUGCGAAAAACCGUGCUCAGUGGAAGUUGGGAGUGGUGAUCGACUUGAUUAUUGGCCGAGAUGGUGUGAUCCGAGGAGCAAAGCUACGCACUCCCAAGUCAGUCAUUGAGCGCCCAAUACAGCAUUUAUAUCCACUUGAACUCACCUGUGACAUGACAGUGGGACCACCAUCUCUCAAUCCUACCGUGCCAGCUUUUAGACCACGAAGAAACACUGCGGUUGUUGCCAGAGCUCAUAUCCAGGAACUUGCACAAAUGGAAAAUGAAAACUAG